CAACUGUUCCAUCACAGAAGUCACAGGAUCUCAACACACACCGACAUGACAGCCUUAUUCGUAGUCUCCGCUUUACUCGCCACAGCGUCAGGAUUUGUCCUUGAUACAUUCAUACACAAAACUCCUCACACCGUCACACAGCUCGACGAUGCCAAGUAUCUCGGUCGGUGGUAUCAGAUGUGGUCAAGCGAGUCAGUGGGGAAAUGGUUUGAACAAGGAGCGAAAUGUGUGACGGCGGAUUAUGGCCUCAGCCCUGACGGUCGCAUCACUGUCCUCAACUCUGAACGUGUUAGCAGCCCUACUGGUCACCUCAAGGUCAUCCACGGCUUCGUCAACAAGACCGCCGUCGUCGGACAGCUGAAAGUUUCCCUUGAAACUGUCCCUUUCGCAGCCCCAUACUGGGUGCUGAAACUGGGCCCGGCUACAUUCGGCGCAAACAAGCAAUACCAGUACAGCAUUGUCAGUGACAACAUCGAGGGGACGCUGUUCGUUCUGGCACGUGACCGACAGGUGUUCAAAGCCCAAUACGAGGCUGAAGUACUGAAGUUCCUCAGUGAACAGGGAUUCACAACAUUCUACAACAAACCAAUCCGCACGUACCAGGAAUCGGAUUGUGUUUACAACCCAGACAAGGGACACUAAAAUAUAUGGUGGCUAGGACACGUGCUACCAUCACUAUUUGAUAGUGAUAAAUAAACACAGCUUAUGAUGAUAACGCAGAACGGAGAUUUUUUUAUGAUUAUAGAAAGUGUUUUGUCGCUAUUGUCUUCAUAUUCCUGUCUGGAGGAAGUCUAACUUGAAAUUUAAUUAGUCUUAUGUAGGUCAGAUAUCUGUUAUUUCAAUUUGGAUCCGAACGCUUAACGAUAAAUUGAUGUUUACAUACUAAAGGCAUCUUAGGUUUGAAGUAGGGAAUGGAAUUGGAUACCUGAUUUUGACCAAUCAGAAUCAAGCAUUCUUCAGUGUCAUGGUAGAGUCCAAGUAUGCCGAAAUGAAUACUUGUAUUCUACCAGUGUGUUGGAUGGCCAGGAAUCAAUCGCUAUCAUGGGUUCAAUAGAUUCUUGAUUAUGAUUGUUGCUAAAUAGGGAAGGUCUCCAAAAAGACAGAAAUAUGAAAAAUAUGAAAUUAGGCACGUCUUCUUCAGAAUGCUUUUACGUAUCAGAACGGACGCUCAAAGCAAUUCUGUAUGCGACCUCUAUGUCUAUUUCACAUGGGUGGUCUUUUAGGUUGAAAAUUCGACAAAUAACAUGCACAUUUCUAUGUGUUUUUCAUUUUAAAUUUUUCAAACAUUUUUCCCUUCUUGUUCUGGUCUGCCAUUUGGGUGUAGGCGUUCAUCAUACAUUUAGACGAGAGAUUUAUUAUAUAUGUAAGUUAUAAGGAAGUAGAACAUGUGUUUAACUCUCAAGUCUUAUCAAAUUGAGUUUUUAAUUGAAUGCGAUGAAUUGUGCUGAAUCAACGUUGCAGCAGCAUUGUUUGGGCUAUUCGCGGCUGAAUGACUUAUACUGUGCUUUACACACAAUAAUUGCGGUCAGCGUAUGAUGGUGUUGUAUAUAUAUUGUUGAAAUGGUGAUGUGUGGUAAUCGUUCAUUAAACAGAACAUUUUUGUUAAAA